UCUAGUGAUAAAAAGAAACAUAAUCCACUUUUGCCAAAUCAUCAUCAUCAUCAUCAUCAUCUUGACUCCUCAAACAAAUUGAGGUUAUGUUUGAUAUCGUUGUGUGACCCUGGCCCUGUGAUAAAUUAAAAAUCGACCCGCAAGUAUAUAAUAGAAAAAUCACCCGAUGUUCUCAGGCAUUUCAGUAUUAACUUCAGCAUUAAAGCGAGUAUUAAAAAUGACCCCGAACGUGGUAUUCGUAUUGGGCGGCCCCGGAGCUGGCAAAGGCACCCAAUGCUUGAAAAUAGUAGAAAAUUUCGGAUAUGUGCACCUUUCUGCUGGCGAUCUUUUGCGAGAGGAACGCAACAAACCAGGCUCCCCUUAUGGAGAACUAAUAGAAACUUACAUCAAAGAAGGUAAAAUUGUACCAGUUGAAAUAACGUGUAGCCUACUAGAGCGUGCCAUGAAAGAAUCAGGCAAAGACAACUUUUUAAUUGAUGGUUUUCCACGUAAUCAAAACAAUUUGGACGGCUGGAACAAGGCAAUGGCAAAUAAAGUCAAUUUACAGUUUGUCCUGUUUUUCGAUUGUCCUUUAGAAACUUGUAGCGAGAGGAUUUUGAAAAGGGGGGCAACAAGUGGACGUGUAGAUGACAAUGCUGAAAGUCUUAAAAAGCGUUUCAAUACGUAUGCGUCUGAGACAAAACCUAUUAUAGAUCAUUAUGCCAAACAGAAUUUAGUAAGGACCAUUGAUGCAACCAAAUCAGAAGAGGAAGUUUAUCAGGAAGUUGAAAAGUUGUUCCAGCAGCAAGGCUCAGGAGAUAAUUGUAAAAUCUAAUUAAUAGUUUUUAAGCAUUAAAAAUUAAAACUACCACAUUAUUGUUUUUGUGAUUGUAAUUUAAGUUAAUUUAAGCCUAAUAAUUGUUUUGUCCUUGAUUGAUUGACUUUUUUUUCUAAUUAAGUUAUACAUAAUUGAUUUUUAAAUUAUAUACACACAUUUGUAAUAGAAUUAGUAAACGUGUCACAAUAAAUCUGGUGUACUGCCACCCAAGUAAACCUUUAAAUCUUCAAUAGUUGAUUUUACAAGCUUUGCCUUAACAAACUCUGAAUUUAAUCUUUUGUGUGCCUCAUAUCUGUGACAGCCUCCAAAAGAAUAGUAAUAGUUGCCCCCAUUUUUUCCAAUAAUCCAUAGCACAUCAAUUGGAGGGACUUCGUCGGUUGAGUUUGAAAUUGUUUCCAUUAAAGAUUUCACUUUUUCUUCGUCCAAAAUCGGAGGAAUCGGUCUUAUGAUUGCGCUCAAAGGCAUUUCGUGCACUUCUGAUAUGUUUCCGGCAUGAAUACUAGACAUUUUAUAAUUCACUAUUCGGUUGAUUAUCUUUUAAUCAAUGA